AUGAAGAUAGCACGAUUAGUUUGUUGGGCAGUAGCCGUAGUUGGUUUACACUUUGACCGGGCUUCUGCCGACUGGGGCCUUCCGGCAGCAGUCAACGGAUUCACCGCUAACAUUCAAAGCAGCAUUAGCACCGGAACGGCUGUAGUGACGUCAGCCAAUGCAUCGAUUGUCGUCAAUACGAAUCUGGAUCUUCUGAAGGUGCUACCGGUCGUUCAGGUGGCUUUGGGUCAGUUGAAUGAACCCCUCAAUUGGUUGUUCAGCGUAAUAGUCAGUGCUAGUCAGGACAAAACUACGCGUCCUGCAACACUCUUCAGCAAUUUUUCGACUUUGUGCGCGAAUACAAAUGCUGCUCUACUGGCCGCUAACACUACCUUGACAGCACUAAACUCAACCGUUAAACAGGCGUACUACAGCCAGAUAAUCGCGAACAUAGCCCUUCUGAAACAAGCUGUGACCACCUUAUCGACGGAUACCGCGACUCUAGGAAGUGCUGUUGCAGUAGCUGCAGCUGCCACGUAUCCCUAUACUUCCACCAAUAUAACCUUGGUCAUAACAACCAGCCUACAGAGUGCAAUAACCACCGACUUGGCUAGGAUCUACAGCGUCCUUAAUACCAUUUCCAGCUUGCUGAAGUCCGUAAUCAGUGAUCGACAGCUGGUGAUAGCGUAUCAAGCCACUCACAACAGUACCAUCGCCUCAACAACCAAUACGGUCUACGGCGCCUACAGCUCAUACCUGAGUAAGCUGAUCGCUCAGCAAGCGUCGAUCAUCACAAGUGGCAACAGUACCCAGGCCAGCAUCCGAAACUCGUUCAGCAGCAUCCUCACCAAUCCGGCUGCCUUCAGCAAUGGCAACUGGCUAACGUCCUACCUCAAUGUGAUCUUCUCCUACUUCGACAAGGUAGCGGCUGUAUACUAUUCGGCCUCGAACAACACCAUGGCAGCCCAUGCCGAUUUCCUCAACAAUACGCUACUGCAGCUCAACCGAUCGCUUACCGAUCUAAGCAUCCAGCUUACCGAUGUACCCAUCACUUCUGCCAAUCCCAAUGCUAACCCAUGCAUCAACAAGUAUGCACCGACCUUCAGUAGUACGGCGAACAUCCAAAUCAGUCGGCUUACCACCUGUCUGACCACGGAAAGUAACGAUAUUUCAACCUGGGGAACGACCAUGACCUCCAUCAUGAGCGACAUCCAGAAGUUUGCUGCCUACUCGGCCAUGUUCCGGUUUGACCUUUGCACGGUGGCCAACGGUAAUUGUACCGGAUUGUACUUGACCUCGUCGGUGGAUACGGCUAUGGCCGAGUUGGUGAAGUUGAAGAUCGAUCAGCUGCAGGAAUCGUACCUAGGGCAGAUGACGGUUCUGAUGUAUCGGGUGGCCUAUUGCUACAAUGCAGUCUACAACGAUAUCCUGGACAACAUUAAUCUGAUGAAGCAAACCUUCGGUAUCUGUUUGUACACUGGAUCGUAA